UAGAAUUGACAUUCGGAACACUUCCGCUGACGGGCAACUUCCGCUGUAAAUGAAAGUAGAAAACAUUAAAGCGUCUUAAAGAAAUCAGGUAAUUCAAAAAUGCCUUUAAAAAAGAAAAGAGUAUCAGCAUUUGAGGUUAAAUGCAAGGAAACUGUCAUAGAUAAGAGAACUAAAAACAAACAUAAAUCUGACAAACCAAAAAGCAAACAUGUAAAGGUUGUUGAUGCAAUAAAUUCUUUACCAAAGGAAAAACAAAUUGAAUAUGUAAAAUCUGGGAACAAAAAGAAAUCAAGAAAAUCUCAGAAACGAAAGAAGUCAGCUAAAGCAAAUUCAAUUAGUCCUAAAGCUGUUGCCAAAACAAAACAGAAGAGUGAACAAGAUGAUAAUGGUGACACUAAUAUUAGUAUGGUGGUAAUAGAUGAUGAUAAUGAAGAAAGUGAUAUUGCUAGUGACUUGGUUGACAUACAAGCAGGUGAGAAAACAGUUGACAUAAAUAGACCAGAAGAUAAUAAAAGUACUGACACUGACUCUAUGGAUUCAGAUGUUCACCGUAAGCAUGAAAAUAUAAAGAAAAGAAAGAUUGGUUCUUUGGAAAAUGAUAAAACUGCUGUUGUAAAGAAAAAGUCUAAAAGAGACUUCAAUAAGGACAGUGAGAUACAGCCAUCAGAAAAGAGUAUAGAAGAAUCUGUUGAUGAUAGAGAUGACUGGACAGAUAUAGGUAGAAGACUUCAGUCUAGAGCUGGUUAUGGAGACCAUUUUGACAGUGGGCAACCCAGCACUCAUAAAAGCCCUAUAGCUAUACCAGUAGGUGACAGUGUUUUAGUGAUCGCAUCUCAUCCAUGUGUGUUCCCACUGAAGGGUGUUGUCACAAUUCAAGCUGUAGUUGGAACUGCUAGUGUUAUGGAAUACAAUUUAGUGCCUGGUAGUCAAGGUUACGAUGUAUAUUCUCCAGAUUGUAACAGUUUAGUAACAGUUAGCACGGUAAAAGGGGUUACAAAGACUAAAACAGCUGUUAACCAAGUUGAUUCAAUGUUAGGAAUUAACGAUAAAACUGUCAUAAACUUGCUGAAAAACUCCCUAAAUGAUAGUAAACCUUUUGUUGUUCUAAAAUUUGACAAAUUGAAAACAACUUUAUGUUCAUUUAUCUCAAAUUUUCACCCGUACACAAACAUAUUUAAAGUUGAUGGUGAUAAAACUUUAUUGAAUAAGCAGUUACUUCCCCUGUCUGUUAAAAUGCCUGGAGAAGAUAUGGAUGUUCCAGAGAUUAGUGUGUCAGAACAAUUACAGAACGUACUUGAUGUAUGGCAAGAAAAUUUGAUACAACAAAAUGAAGGUGUGCCAGUAAUGUUAGUAUGUGGUGGGAAAGAUUCAGGGAAAUCUACGUCAAACAGGCUUCUUAUAAAUUCAACAUUAAACAGGUGUAAGAGUGUGUAUUAUCUGGAGUGUGAUAUUGGACAGACAGAGUUUACUCCCCCUGGAGUAGUUUCAUUGGUAAAAGUUACCACCCCUGUAUUAGGACCACCAUUUACUCACCAGAGGAAGGCAGUAUGCUCCUACCAUUAUGGAAGUGUGUCACCAAAAGACAAUGCAGAUCUAUAUAUGCGAUGUGUACAGUUGUGUGUACAGGAAUAUAAACGUGUAGAACAGAAAACACCUCUUAUUGUAAACACAAUGGGCUGGAUGAAAGGACUUGGCUGGCAGCUAUUAUUAGAUAUUGUACGUCUUGUAUCACCCUCCAUUAUGGUGCAGUUGAUGUCAUACCAGGUUUCACAGAAUGUGCCUCCAAUAACAGUUGAGGAUCUUGAACAAACAAGCUGGACAGAGUUGUCAAAGAUGUUCAAAGGUGAAAACAUUGAGAGAAAAAUGGAGAGGAUACCAACAUUCUUAAGUCUUGAAGGACCAAUUUCUACAAGUUACAACUUUAGAAUGAAACCAACUGAUUACAGAAAUCUGUCAAUUCUCAGUCACCUUGGUGCUAACCUUGAACCUGGUUUGACCUUGACCUCAAUGACCCCAUUUACUGUGAGCUGGAAAGAUGUAGCCAUACAUAUGUGUCAUGUUCAGGUACCCAAGUCACAGGUCAUGUGUGCUCUGAAUGCGAACAUGGUAGCAUUGUGUGAAGGUGACAUUACAAAGGCUGAAUUGUACGAAGAUGAUGGGCCAUUGUUCCUGAAGAAAAAUAAACAGCCUUUCAGGUGGAUCGGUUAUGGGUUAGUUAGAGGGAUAGAUAUGGUAAAGAAAAAAUUCUACAUCGUUACAUCUUUGUCAGAGGAGGAGUUAGCUAGAGUUAAUGUCCUUGAUAUUGGUGGAAUUUCUCUCCCAGAAAACUUCCUCAUUACUCAGAAAGGUGAAAGAAUACCAUAUGUGGAUGAGAUUGUAAAAUCAAAGGGUUUGUCUGCUGUAAAACCAAGGAAACAUAUGCCUAGAAAAGGUCUCCGUGGGAACAAUCAGUAGAUCAACUUGUAAAAUGUAAGACUGGACGAAGGGAACAAUCAGUAGAUCAACUUGUAAAAUGUAAGACCGACGAAGGGAACAAUCAGUAGAUCAACUUGUAAAAUGUAAGACCGACAAAGGGAACAAUCAGUAGAUCAACUUGUAAAAUGUAAGACCGACGAAGGGAACAAUCAGUAGAUCAACUUGUAAAAUGUAAGACCGACAAAGGGAACAAUCAGUAGAUCAAAAACUUGUAAAAUGUAAGAACGACAGAGGGGAAAAUCAGUAGAUCAACUUGUAAAAUGUAAGACCAACAGAGAGAACAAUCAGUAGAUCAACUUGUAAAAUGUAAGAAUGAAUGAAAUUAUGUUUUGUAAAGGUUUCCUUGGAAACAUUUAAUAAACUUAUUGGCUGUAAGACGAAGGAAAUAU